AUGGAGUCUCGCAUCGAAAGACCGCUGAACCUACUCAAGCUCCCCACGGAGAUCCUCUCGGAUAUUAUUGACUUACUGGACAGCGACAUUUUCCCAGCAAAUCGACAACACGUCAGAAAGGUUCGGCAGACAUGCAAAGCAUUACACAGAUUGUCCGAGCCUGCGUUUUUCCGGUCUCUCAGUUAUGCCGACCAAGAUCAAGCUGAUAAAUUAGCUCGCGUGUUGAUGGAACAUCCGCACCGAUAUGACCUAGUCAAUCGUCUCAUUGUCUUUCCUGCCCGUCGGCCGAACAGUCCGGACCUCGGCAACAUGGUCUGUGAUCUUCCCAAAUUCGGCAAGCUUAAGGUCUUGCACAUUGUGGGAUCUGGCUCCAAAGACUGGUCACUCUUCUCCGCCCUCAAUCCGACGCUCGCAUCGAGUGCCUUUCCCGAGUUGCGCGAAUGCACGUUGGUCGGCAUGUGUGACCAUCAAGUUUGCAUCAACCCUUUGCUCAAAUUACCCAAGCUCACGACGCUGAAAAUUUCUCUACCCUUCUUUCAUGACGAUGAUGACUCGCUCCCGAUACCUCAUUCCACGCCGUUGAAACAUCUGGUCCUCUUAGUGGCGCGGAGUUUGACCCCAAAUGCUCUCGCGUCCAUCCUGCGAUUGCCUAGAGCACUCGAGACCCUGGAGUACGAGUACCUCCAUGGUUUUAGAAUGGACAUUUUUUCUUCGUGGGCCAUGAUAAACGGCAUGCAGACCGACGCGCUCAAUCACCUAGCGGUAAUACUGGCUCGUCAUCAACCGCGCCUCGAGCUGUUGAAAUUAUAUCUCCAUCGCCGUUACUACUAUGAAGCUGGUAUCGAUACUGGAGUCCUUGACUUGACGGCACUGACUGCAUUGAAAGAACUCUGCCUCUCACGGGAGGUAGUGUCCUCCUCCGACUUUUUUCCCAAGCUACCGGAGGCCCUCAAAGUUCUCCGCAUUGAGGCCGCAUAUAACAACCUGGCGACAGUAGCACUGGGUGUUUGCCGAAGAUCGAAACUCGAGACUAUCUCAUUGCCGCCUCUUGUCGUGUUUCAGAAUUUCUUGGCACAGACAGAGCGUGGACUCCGCUACGCUCGAAUAUGCUUGGAGAUGCCACUUGGACGGAGAGACGACAUGGUGGUCAAACAGCACUGGAGGGCGGCUACUAAAUUCUUCAUCAAAUAUCUGCAAGUCAAGGAGGUCUUGUUUGUGGAUAGAGACGAGAGGUUCGAACGACGCAUACAAGUGGCCAAGACUGAACGCAAAGCGCGGAUGCUAUUAAAUGUCACUCCGUAUGAGCACUGGCCAGUCGCAAGGCUCAACCGCCCCUCCGGACCCAGAUAUCCCGUGGACUAUUUUAGGACAUCCGAGUAUCAUACUCUCGUUCAGAAAGGAUUGGCCUCUGCCUGGGAGUGA